AGGUAAAGCACAAACAUGAUGUGCUGGAUGAUGAUUGUUGGAGGUGUGGUGACUGGAGUACUGAUGUUGGCUGUCAGGUUCAUCUACCAUUACCAGUCAGGACGAUGUACCUCCAAAACCAGACUGGUGGGUAAGACAGCCAUUGUCACAGGAGCAUCUGCAGGUAUCGGGAAGGAGACAGCUCGAGACUUGGCUCAGCGCGGCGCCCGGGUCAUCCUUGCUUGUCGUAAUGUUGAGAAAGCUGAGAGAGUUGCAGAGGACAUCAAGAAGACUACAGGGAACACAGAUGUGGUAGUGAGGCAGUUAGACACCUCAGACUUGACCUCCGUCAGGAAGUUUGCUGAAGGCAUCCUAUGCACAGAGACUGCUCUCCAUAUCCUGGUAAGCUCGCUCAAGUUAUCUUAA